AUGAACUCAACUCUUGAUCAAAGUGCUGAGUCUUAUGACUUCACCAUGUAUGACCAUGUUAGUGAUUGUGACCCUUACAAAUUUACUAUGGAUGACCAUGUUAGUGAUUAUGGAUUCAAUACUCUAUUAACCACUUUAGAGGAUUCCACUUCUGAAAUUUGUUUCAUCCCCUUUUCUUCCUCUCCCUUCUUAUUCUCCAAUGAUCAUAUUCAUAUCCAAUACCCAAUCAUUGAAGAAACCAUGCAACUUCCAUCACUCAUGGAAUUGGAUGAUUUUGGUUUCAUCUUGGAUAUCCAAAUGGUUAGUGUUGAAGGUCAUGGAUGCCAAGGAGAGAGUGAAGGGAACUUCUCCCCUUCACAAAAUUUGUCAGGUAAGGUGGAAAAUGCUCGGAGUCCUACUCUAUCUGUGGGGUCUGAGUUGUCCACAAAUAAAACAUCACCAUUGACUUUACCCCAACAAAACAUGGAGAUUGAAAACCAAAUGGGCCUUCAACACUUGUUGGAGGCCUAUGGAGAAGCCUUGGAGCAAGGACAAAAAUCACUAGCAGAAGUGAUUUUAAGGUGCAUGAGCCAAAAAGCUAGUCCACUAGGUGAGUCUCUAGAGCGCCUUGUAUUCUACUUGUCUCAGGGGAUAACCAAUCAUGGAGACUAUUUCAAAGGAGAGGCCUUCAAGAACUUGAAGGUUGCUUUGAGGACACUUUAUCAAGGACUCCCAAUUGGAAAAAUUGCUCACUUUGCAGCUGUUUCGACAAUUUUAGAAGCCAUGCCACAAGAUUGUUCUGGUAUACACUUAGUGGACUUUUAUAUUGGAGAUGGGGUUCAAUGGGCUCCAAUAAUUGAGGCUAUUGCACACAUGAACAAAACAUUAAAAUUGACAUCAAUUGAAUGGGGUAGUGAGGAUAUUGAAUGCGUUUCUAGUCCAUCAAAAUUUGAGGAAACUAAAAGGCAACUCUAUGAGUAUGCGAAAUCCUAUGGUUUAAAGUUGAAGGUAGAGGAGAAAGGAGUGGAGGAACUUGUUGCUGAUGUUAAGAAAAUUAACAAAAUGGGUGGGAGGGGUGAGUUUUUGGCUUUCAAUUUAAUGAUCGACCUUCCACAUAUGGGAAAAGUAAGGAGCAGAAGACAGGCCUUAGAGUUUCUGAGGUUAGCUAAUGAUUUGAUUAACACUUCCAGCAGCAGUGGAAUUAUAACUUUUGGGGAUGGAGGUGCUUAUGAGAAAGUGAAAAACAGCUUCAGUUUUAGGUCAUUCUUUGAAGGAUAUAUAGUGCAUUAUCAAGCCUUGUUAGAAUCAAUUGAAUCAUAUUUUCCAACUGAUUUCCCAGAAGCAAAAAUUGCCAUGGAGCAAUUGUUUUUGCAACCUUUUAUGUCCUCUCUCGAUUGGUUAAACAUGGGAAGAGAUGCACAUGGGUAG